AUGGGCUUGAGGCCCUCGAGGUUCUUCUGGUCGUUGAUUGAGAAGCCGCCUGUAACCAUCCCCGAGAUGCUACAAUGCGCCAACCAGUACAUCGCCGCCAAAGCCCUAAUGGCAGGGAGGAGCGAGGACAACAAGAGGCCGAGGAUGGAGCAGGCCCGAGGAGCGACUUCGAUCAGGGAGAAGGGUCUCUUAUGCCAACCCAAUCCCCUGAAGGCCACUCAUAAGGAUUGCUCUAAAUAUUGCAUGUUCCAUCGGGACUACAGCCAUGACACGGAAGACUGUCGCGACCUCCAAAAUCAAAUUGAGGAACUAAUCCGAAGAAGUCACCUUAGGCGCUACCUCAAGGAACUAGGGGAAGCAACUCCAUGCCCUAGGGGCCCUGUCGAGAGGCAGAUUGAUGUCAUUAUCGGUAGACCAACUACUGGUAGCAAUAGCUCAACGGCAAGGAAGGCCUACGCCCGCGACACAAUGGAAAAAUGCCCCCGACCCAAGUUCGAGCCCGAAAUCACCUUCGGGACCGAGGAGGUCAAGCGAUCCCACUACGACGAUGCUUUGGUGAUCUCCAUCAGGAUCGCCAACGCUCAGGUCAAAAGGGUAAUGGUCGACACUGGGAGCUCCACCGAUGUGCUAUGCCUCAACACCUUCAAGAAGCUUGGCUUAACUAAUGAGGAUUUCACCCCCAUGAACUCGGCGCUCACCGGAUUCAUCGGAGAUUCCAUCUCCCCACUCGAGACCACCACCCUCCCUGUCACCAUUGGGGAAGAGCCAAGAGCCAAGACGAUAAUGGCUAUCAUCAUGGUAGUCGACCUACGCUCAACCUACAACAUCAUCCUCGGCCGCCCGACCCUCAACAAGCUGAAAGCAGUAGUUUCCACCUACCACCGGGCCAUCAAAUUUUCAACUUUGGCAAGGGUUGGGGAAUCCCGAAGUGAUCCGAGAGAAUUAAGGCAGUGCUACCUUACGGCGGUUACUCUCCUGGAGAGGUCACACCCCCAUCAAGCCCCAGAUCCCCGUGAAGAAUGCAUGACACCAAUGCACUUGGAGCCCCCUGAGCAACUCACCGAAGAAAAUGCCGAUGUGUUUGCAUGGUCCUCCAAGGAGAUGCCCGGAAUCGACCUAGGGGUGACCCAGAACCACCUCCACAUCCACCCUGAGGCUAGGCUUGUGAAGCAAAAGCUAAGGAAGUUCGCUCCCGACCGACAGAAGGCGAUUAGCAACGAGGUCGACUGCCUUAAAGAGGCAGGAUUUAUAACCGAGGUGAAAUACCCCCGCUGGUUGUCGAAUGUAGUCCUCAUUAAGAAACCCAAUGGAAGCUAG